AUGGCACAAGAAGAAGACUCACCAGGGGAGUCCUCACUCAUCAUUUGCGAUAUUUGUGUAGAAGCAAAAGAGACUGACGAGAUGUUCGGGAACCAGACAUGUGACCAUUCCUUCUGUUCUGACUGUGUCACCAAACAUGUGGCCACAAAGAUCGAACAGAGCAUAGCAGUUGUUCCGUGCCCUGGUUUGAAUUGCAAGGGUGUGUUGGAGAUUGAUGCUUGCAGGUCAAUGCUUCCAAAAAACGUGCUUGACAAGUGGGAUGACGCACUGUGUGAGGCUCUUUUGCUCACAGUUCCAAAAUUCUAUUGCCCUUUUAAAGAUUGUUCUGCUAUGCUGCUUGAUGACAAUGAAGGGGAAGGUAUUAGGGAGUCUGAGUGCCCUUUUUGCCAUAGACUCUUCUGUGCAAGGUGUCAUGUUCCUUGGCAUCCUGGGGUUGAGUGUGAGGUGUUCCAGACACUGAAUGAAGAUGAGAGAGCAAAGGAAGAUCUCCUAGUUAGAGAGCUUGUUAAUGAAAAGAAAUGGAGUAGGUGCCCUCAAUGCAAGUUCUAUGUGGAAAAGACUGAAGGGUGUAUGCACAUCAUCUGCAGGUGCCAAUUUGGGUUUUGCUACGCAUGCGGAAAACAAUGUAGCAAAAGAGAAUGGAUGUCUGCUCACAGUGGCUGCCAACAAUAA